GCCCCAAUCACCUCUCUUCCAGCAUUUCUAGUUGUGCCUCAUCUUCUCACUUCUAGAUUUCUCUAUCGUCUCUCACACAACACAAUGAACACAUCCUCUUGGGACAUGAGUUCUUCGUCAUCUUCAUCGGGCGACGAUGAACUCAUACUUGCGGCAUUAGCCGAUCGCGAGGAGGAAGAGAGGAUGAACACUCGACGCCAUGGCGGUUCCAAGCAUGGACGUCGGACAAUCGAUCGAGGAAGAGAUGCCGGAUUUGUUCUUCUGUGGAACGACUACUUCAAAGAAGUUCCUCGCUAUCCCGAAUAUUUGUUUCGACGAAGAUUUAGGAUGUCCCGUAAUUUGUUCAACCGCAUAGCUGAUGGUAUACUUGAGCAUGACUCUGAUGGUAAUUUUACGCAAAAAAGAAGUGCUUCUGGAGCUCUUGGGUUACAUCCUCUACAAAAGAUGACCGCGGCAAUGCGGAUGCUAACAUAUGGAAUAGCAGCUGAUGGUGCUGAUGAGUACAUCCGGUCCGCUGAGGCUACUAAUUUAGAGUCUUGCAAGAAAUUUGUGAUCAAAGUUUGUGAAGUUUUUGGGGAAAGGUACCUGAGAUCUCCAAAUGAACAAGACAUUGCUAUGUUACUUGCAAUAGGGGAGGAAAGAGGAUUUCCUGCCAAAGGUGAAACUCCUGCAGUGAAUUAUAGCAUCAAUGACCAUCAGUACACAAUGGGGUAUUAUCUUGCAGAUGGUAUCUAUCCAAAGUGGGCAACAUUUGUGAAGAGCAUACCAGCUCCAGAUACCAGAAAGAAUAAAACUUUUGCCAAGAAGCAAGAGGCAGCUAGGAAAGAUGUGGAACGAGCCUUUGGAGUUCUGCAAUCCCGUUUUGCCAUUGUUCGUGGACCUGCUAAAGGAUGGAAACGUAAAGAAAUCGGUGAUGUCAUGAAAGCUUGUGUCAUAAUGCACAAUAUGAUAGUUGAAGAGGAGCGAGAAACUGGUCGGCAAAGCUGCACUUUUGAUGCAAUGGGAGAAAGAGUCUCAGUCUCUCGUACUCAUGCUGAACAACUGAGCUCUUUUAUUCAGAUGACUCACCGGAUUAGAAAUGCCCAUGAACAUUCUCAGCUUAAACUUAAUCUAAUUGAGCAUUGUCCAAUGUCCAUUGUAGCAUGGACUGCCGCCGCGGCCGGCAACAGCUGCAACUUGCUCCACCCAACCAAGUGGCAAAACAAGACCAAGCCGACGACCAUCAUAGCUGAAAUGAUCAGUAGAGCAAGACCCGCAUCAAAAUCAUAA